AUGGCACAGAGGACUUAUUUCGCCCUCCCUACCCUCGACCACCCUCCGAACCACCUUAUCACGCUAGGCCAGAUCGUGACCUCUCCAGCGCAACCCUGGAAGCGGCUCGCAUCCCCUCUCCCCAUCGCGGCGAACUCCAUCGCAACGACGGUCAAAACCGACUGGGGCACCCAACUCCACCGAAACCGCGAGCACCGCAUCGGAAUCUGGGCGCAGUUCGCAGCGAUGAUUCUAGGCGUCGGCGCAGAUGCAGAACUCGCUUCUAUGAAGCAUGAGUCCGAUAUUUUUCACUUUAAAGAGCUAGAGACGAGCUUCUUCGAGCCGGACGAUGCAUAUGUGGAAGCGAGUGUUGUGGGCAAGGAGGCUGUUGCGGAAUGGGUGAAGAGAAACCCGCGCAAGAGUGUGUAUAUGGUGACCGGAAUUAAGGUCGCAAGGGGCGCAGCGCACUUGUGCGCAAGGGCAAAAGGCGUCAAUGUCGAUCUCAGGCCUGGCGUGGACGCGACGCCAUUCAGUGGGGUGCCGGUGUCGGGCGGCGUGCUUGCGGGGGUGGGGAAGGAGAAGGGCGAGAAGACGUGGUUUUCUGGGAGUUCGGACUUUGUGUUCGCAUAUCGGUUGCGGAGGAUUCUUGUGAAGAGGCAGACAGUGAGCCAGAGCAAAGACUACGUGAAGGGCGCUACGGUG